AUGCAAAAAUCCGUUAGAGUGGGCGACUAUUUUGACAAUGAUGACAAUGGUUUGUGGUCGUGGUACUUAACAAACCUCAGAUUAGGCGAUUUUGAAGAACUUAUAGGCAAUCAAUUAAAAUACACUCUGUUAAAAAGAUUUCUGAAUAGUCAUUUUUAUGGUGAUAACAAUAUUUCGGCCAGGCCAAACAAGAAGAUUUUGUUAGUUUCCAUCCCAGAGAAUGUUCAUGAAGAUAUCUCCAUAUUGGAAAUCUUCCUCAAAGAUUACUUUCAUCUGGAAAAAUUAGAACACAUUCAAAUCUCAAAAUUAACUCACUCCCACUGCUACAAUCAUGAAAAUCAUUACCUAUUGACGGACAACCUCAACAAUUUCCAAGACCCUACCUUUUUAGAAUUUGCGAGUACAAGUUGGCAAGUUCAAAAAAAUUCCAAGGCUUUAAACAAUAACAAUAGAAAUUCAAUACCACCACCCACAAUAUCUUCAUCAAAAGCUUCAAACGGGAAGCUAGAAUCAAACGUUUCGGAUGAUCAGUGGUCAAAUAUAAAUACCCAGACUUCAACAGCUACCCGAACUAAUACGAAUACGAGGACUUUGACAUCUCCGGACACAGUUGAUAUAAACGUUACAUCCGUGAAUAGUCAAAGCAAUAAUAAUGAUACGCCUCAAGAUAAUGAAAACGAAGUUGAUGAAGAGGAUGCCACAAGUUCUAUAGUCCUAAAUUUUUCUCAUUCGCGAACAGUAGAUUCAAAGCCUAAUAGACUACCCAAAAUUUUUCCAUCAUACACUAAUGAAGACUAUACACCGUCACAUUCCGAGAUAAUGUCAAUAGAUAGUUUUGCUGGCGAAGACGUAUCAUCCACAUAUCCCGGACAAGACCUGAGUUUAACUACUGCCAGGCGCGAGGAUGAAAGUGGUCAGGAUGAAGUUGAGGAUCAUUAUAGCAGAGUCUCACAUGAUCUAGGUGACGAGAGUAUCGAUCAAGCAAGUUAUAGCAUGGAAAGUUCGGUCAGCUACACUAGCUAUAGUAGUAGCAGUAAUAGUAGUAGUGCCCACUACAGUUUAAGCAGUAGCAGCCGAGGUAAUCCAAAACGUGAAAACAUCGAUCACACGAAUGCCACCUAUGUCUCUGAAUUGUCAAGUAUAACGAGUUCUAUAGACAAUUUAACUACUUCGACAACCCCAGAGGAGGAGGAUAAUUUAAUUCAUCAUAACUAUGACGCCCAAGGGUAUGGAUCAGGAGAGGACGAUGGAGAAGAGGUUUAUGAUGAUGAAGAUCUUUCUUCUUCCGAUUACUCAGUACUAUCCAUUCUACCGUCAAUCUCAAUUUGUGAUUCUCUAGGGUAUUUUAGGCUAGUUUUGCAAUCUAUAUUAAUUCAGGAUCCAGACACCAAAGAAAUUUUUACUGCGAUUAGACAGUCAAACAAUAAACCUACAAUGGCAAGCGUUACCGAUGAUUGGUUGCUGUAUGAUUCCAAUUUUUCAAUGAAUAAUUUACAAAUUCUAACACUUCAAGAUUUGCUAGAUAUCAAGAGAUCAUUUCCAAAAAUUUUAUUUUACACAAUGGUUAUUGUGACAAACUCCGGCAAACAGGUUGAAGAAGAAUUCAAAAAUCCCAAUUAUGAUAAUAGGGAAGGAAUAUCAAAAGAGCAACCUCUAGAUUCUGAGUUAUCAUUAACUAACGACCCGCAACAAUAUUUCCCGACUGCAUAUAAUAACGGUUACAACGACUAUAUUGACGAUGAAGACGAUGAAGACGAUGGUGACGAUGCUUCUUUAUCAGAACAGUCAGGCCCACAAAUGUACAUACCAACUAGAAUGGAAUCUAACGUUACUACAGCACAUCGUUCUAUUAGAACCGUAAACAGUAUCGGGGAAUGGGCAUUCAAUAGACAUAAUUCUGUUACAAAAAUCGAUAAAAGUAAUAGUAACGAGUUGGAUAACUCUAAAACAGGUGAAAGUACAGUUUUAUCAAGUGAACCUCAUCCAAUGACACAACUGUCGAACUCUAAUACGACUUCCUCGAAUUUUAGCCAUUCUUUGAAGACAAAAAAUUCUCACAAACCUAAUUCCAAGGGUAACAAUGAAAGUAAUUCCAAAAAUGAGUUGAAAAAGAUAAAGAGUUCCAUCAAUGCUAUGAGUGCCGUGGAAAGGUCCAAAAGUUUGCCUUUACCUACAUUACUAAAGUCUUUAAGCGGCAUAGAUAACCCUACUCAUGCCACUAACAAGGAUAGAAAGCGUUGGAAAUUCCAGAUGAAUAGGUUUAAGAAUCAUAAAAACAGUGGUUCUGCAGGUACGGAUAAAUCUCAGCGUUGUGCCAUCAUGUAA